AUUAAUACAUGGGUAGAUACUAGUCUGUUUGAAAUUCCUGGCUCUUGAGGCGCCGAAGUGACCUCUUCCACCGCGCCGCCGCCUCCGGUAACGACGAUGGCCGAGACGGUGGACUUCGCGAGCGGCGACGCGGCGGAGUGGCGAGCGGCGCUGGCGGCGUACGACCGCCGGCUCGCGGCCCUGGGCAAGCCCGACCUCGUCGAGGUCGACUCCUUCUACCGCCGCGACCUCCCCGAUCUCCUGCGCCGCCGCGACCCGGAGCCCUUCCUCGCCAAGCCCGAGCUGGUGCGCCUCCUCCAAUGGAAGCUCUCCCGCGGCAAGUGGAGGGACUCGUUUUCUUGGCAAAUCAAUCAUUACCCUAGUUGGCCGAGACUGAUGGAUUUCGUCAAGGGCUUGGAGGAUGCAGUGGUAGAAUCAGCAUCGUGCAAGGCGUUCGCAGCGCUGCCUGACCUCCGCAAGGCCAUCACCGAGCUCACCGUGCUGAAGGGCGUUGGCCCUGCCACGGCAUCCGCUGUUCUCGCUGCCUACGCGCCUGAUGUUGCACCGUUCAUGUCUGAUGAGGCUAUGGUGGCAGCCUUAGGCAAUGCAAAGGAGUACACUCUGAAGCAGUAUCUUGCUUUUGCUGAAAAGUUGCAAACUAAAUCGAAGGAAUUGAGCUCAGGAGAAGAAGUUUUCACUACUUCUGAUGUUGAGAGAGCGCUGUGGAGCUCAGCAGUUGCAUCCAAGUCUCUUAAGGCGCCACCAGGAAAUGACCUUGAGAACAAGUCAAAGACUCAUGGCAAGAGAAAACGAUGACUCUUGCUGCCAAUGUUCUAGUUGAGCUAGGAGUUACUGAUGGUAGGUCUUAGAACUUAGAUUGUUCAUUGUAUGAAGUUAAGCAAUGCUUCUGCAUCUGCAAAAAGAAUGUGGACUGCGUGCUCCCGAUGAGCAGGUUAAACCCUUUGGAAAUGUCUUCCGCUGUGAGUCUGUACAUCAGUACAUGGCACUGAAUGAGCUGGGGGUGAUGGGUGUGUUUUUCUCCACAAAAUGGCAUGGAUACCAGAUGUUGCCAUGCGUGUGUUGUUCUUUGUUAGAUAAUUGCAUCUGAUCCUUUCUUCUGUGUUGCCAUUCGAUUUAA